UAGCUAUGAAAGUUUUAACUGGGAAAUUUGUAGUAGUCUUUGUAAACAUUUCAUUAUUUAUAUCACCAAGAGCAAUUAAACAACAAAACAAUAAUUUUUGUUAAAAGACUCGCAAAAAGUAUUUUGAAUUAUUUUAUUAAGUAAUAAGUGGAACAGUGAAUUUCUAUUUGUAAGAACAAAAAUGAGUAUUCCCCAAGGAGUGUUGUACCCAACCGGUUCCCUUUACGUGGGGGAUUUACAUCCCGAUGUAACAGAAGCGAUGCUUUACGAAAAAUUCACCACAGCAGGACAAGUACUAUCCCUACGGGUUUGUCGUGAUGUCAGAACGAAACAAUCCUUAGGAUAUGGAUAUGUGAAUUUUAGUCAAACACAGGAUGCGGAAAGAGCUUUGGACACCAUGAACUUUGAUCUUCUUAAGGGUAAACCCAUUCGUAUUAUGUGGUGUCAACGUGAUCCUGCAUUGAGAAAAUCCGGAAUCGGAAACGUUUUCAUAAAAAAUCUGGAUAAAAAUAUAGACAAUAAAGCCAUGUUUGACACUUUUUCGGCUUUUGGAAAUAUUCUCAGUUGCAAGGUAGCACUCGACGACAAUGGUUAUUCUAAAGGUUAUGGAUUUGUGCAUUUCGAAAAUGAAGAGGCUGCCGAGAAAGCAAUAGAAAAAGUUAAUGGUAUGUUAUUAAACAACAAAAAAGUUUAUGUUGGAAAGUUCAUACCAAGAGUAGAACGAGAGAAAGAAUUAGGUGAACGAGCUAAACAAUUCACUAACAUUUAUGUGAAAAACUUUGGUCCAAACAUGUCAGACGAUAAAUUUUCGGAAAUAUUCAGUAAAUUUGGAGAAAUUACAAGCAGUGUCGUAAUGAGAAAUAUCGAAGGACUAUCGAAAGGUUUCGGUUUCGUCGCCUACACUGAUCCGAGUUCAGCAGAAAGAGCAGUUGAAGCAUUGAAUGGGAAGCAAUUAGACGGUAACGUUUUAUAUGUGGGCAGAGCCCAAAAGAAAAUUGAACGUAUCAAUGAAUUGAGGAAACGAUACGAACAACUACGCCAAGAACGUUCUACCCGUUUUCAAGGAAUCAAUUUAUAUAUAAAGAAUCUCGAUGAUACAUUUGAUGACGAAAAAUUGAGGCAGGAAUUUUCGGCUUAUGGCACAAUAACUUCUGCUAAAGUGAUGUACGAAAAUGGAAGAAGCAAAGGUUUUGGUUUUGUGUGCUACAGUGUUCCAGAAGAAGCAACAAAAGCAGUUUCGGAAAUGAAUGGAAGAAUGGUGGGAAGCAAACCAUUAUAUGUGGCUUUAGCUCAAAGAAAAGAAGAUCGUAGGGCCUUCCUUAAUAGUCAAUAUUUGCAGAGAGCCCAAGCUUUGAGACAUCAUAAUAGCAUUAAUUUUCCUACAACUACUCCACCAUUUUUGAUUCCAGCUGUUGCUCAAGGUCCUAGAUUCUACAAUCAUCUAAAUUCUUUGAACCACAUCAGACCGGCUCCACGUUGGCCUGCUACACCAAAUUCAAUUCGACCUAACGGAACAUUCAGCUUGUCUCUAAUCAAUUCUCCUUACAGAACCACUUCCAGAUCUUCAGUUAAUGUUCGUAACACAAUGCACCCAAGAGCCAUCACCGGACAACAACAAGCUCCCCCGUCUAAGCCCAAUAGUAAAUUCACAAGCUCUACCAAGAAUUCAGUCAGGCCUCUCAACGUAGGAAUUGGUAACGGAGGAGAUGUUUCUCUUAAUCCUAAUGUACUAGCAGGCACUCCACCCCAAGAACAAAAACAAAUUAUUGGAGAAAAGUUAUUCAGGGUGAUUGAAAAAAUGUACCCAGAUAAUGCUGGUAAAAUAACUGGAAUGUUAUUAGAAAUAGACAAUACCGAAUUGAUACAUAUGAUCGAAAACAAAGAUUCACUAAGAGCUAAAGUAGAAGAAGCGAUUGCAGUACUCCAGGCUCACCAAGCAAACGCUAAGAAGGGGAUCAUUGUACAGAACUAAUUAUAUAUUUUUUUUUAUAAUCGGUGUUGUGUGUAUGCUUAAGAGUGUUAGUUCUUUGAGUUUAAAAACUAUAUAUUUUUUUAUAUUUUGUAAGAUUUUAGAAAAGACAAUGUUACUUUUCUUUUCAGAAAGCAACGUUGUGAAAAUUAUAAAAAUAUGACGAAACUUCAUUUUUAAAUACCCUUUUAUAAUUUUUUCUAGAACUGCAUAUUUUUUUAUUUCAUUGUUAGAAAAAAAAUAAAUAAAAAGUCAACAAAU